CUGAGCCCCGCUGCCUGCAGGAGCCGCUUUAUAAAGGGCUAAAUUUACCAAACUUUACGUUGUUUCCUGAGCUCUCACAAUUGGCCAAGCGUACCCGAGCUAAACGGUUAUAAGGUUGGGGGACCUCCUACCAUUUUUAAACUUGUUCAUGUCUUUGGAGCGCAGCUGUGGAGAGGCGACAGUGAAAUAGGCGCUUAACUCGACUUUGACAAGCGAUAGUUAUUAUUUCACCAAACCAUGGCCUUAUCCGGAGUGAUGCUACCGUCAUUUUCGACAUUCUCAAACCAAAGAGAAAAAACCUGGGAAAACAGAUGGAAAGGAGACAUGGACAAACUAGCCUCCACCAGCUGCUCGAUGUUUGAAACGGUACACAGCCUGGACAAUCACAGCAAAAAGGACGACGAGGAUCUGGGUAAUUAUUUGGAUCUGGAUUUUAUUCUCGCCAACACAACUGGCUCAGACAACGUGGCGGAAUAUGUGGGCACAGUUGACCCCACCAUGUACACAACUGGAAACUCUGUGCCAUCCUACACAGCAGACGACCACCGCUCCCCGCCACCCCCGUACGGCGCCAGCCUCAUGACAGAGCUUCUCCGCUCCGAAGGAACCAACAGCUAUGGCAUUACGCGCAAUCCCAGCGUUCAGGGGAGAUUUUAUGUCAACACUGCUCCUUUCCCCCGCCCGGACAACAUCAAAGUGGAGCCAUCCAUGGACAGUUACGGUCCCGUUUUGGGCAUGGUGCCUCAGAGCUGCAGCAAAAUCAAGCAAGAAGGGAACGUUUCGUGCAUGAUGUCCUUCGAGCAGCCCCGGGUGGCCAUCUCCCCGCGGGCAGCCAGCAACAUGACACCACCUCUCAGCCCCGAUGACCAGGGAGCUUCGGACUGCCAGGCACAGCUGUGCCAGCCCAUGAACUUCCCACAGAAGUAUCACACGCCGGCGGCUUUCCCGCACCACCCUCAGGCUCCCCAGCUGCAGAUGCCCUACCACGCUCCGCAUACUGCCUUUGGCAUGUACGAUGAAGGUCUCAGCCUGCAGCCAGGCGCGCAGAGGGUGAUGCUCACACCGCCUUCAUCUCCCCUCGAGUUGUUGGAGUCCAAACCCAAGAGAGGGCGGCGCACAUGGCCGCGAAAGCGCACGGCGACGCACACUUGCACCUUCGCCGGCUGCGGCAAAACUUACACCAAAAGCUCACACCUGAAGGCACAUCUCCGAACUCACACUGGUGAGAAGCCAUACCACUGCAGCUGGGAAGGCUGUGGAUGGAAAUUCGCCCGCUCCGAUGAGCUGACCCGUCAUUUCCGCAAACACACCGGACACAGGCCCUUCCAGUGCCAUCUGUGUGAACGUGCCUUUUCCAGGUCUGAUCACCUCGCACUUCACAUGAAGAGACACAUGUGAAGGAGCCCACAUAAAGGACUUGGGGUUCACGGGGUGGGGGUUGUGUUAUUUUUAUUGUGAUUCAACUGAUGUAUUUUUAUUUAAACUGUUCUUCACAUGACCAAAGUCUUUUUUAUAUAUAAUAUUGAAUUUAAAAAAGUUUUAGUGUUAUUAUUUUUUAAUAACGUAGCUGGUACUACUUUGGUUCAAUAAAAGCUUUAGAAAAGCUUUGUUUGCUUUAGAGCAGGCAGACCAAGAAGGGGCUGGCCCUGUAUAUACUACUCUUCUUUGACAGAACUGGAAUGCCGUGUUUGAAACAAGUGCCUUUCUGUGACUGUGCUACUGUAAAAGUCUUAGUGGCAAUCAGACAAAAUAGUACAUGUUCUUGAUGACAGGAGUGAAAGGCACAUACAGUUGCCUAACAUGCUCGAAGACAAUGUUUUUUUAAACUGCCUCAGUGUCUGAAUGGCCUGUUUUAUUUUAUUGCUUUUUCCCUGUUUGGAGUUAUUGUUGUCUCCUCUGGUGUGAAACUCUUGGAUCCAGCCCCUCUGUACACUAUCAGGGCUUGAUGUCCUGUGCAUUAUUUUUUACCUAAAUUUAUAUGAAUAUGUAAAUGGAUUUUAUACUGUAAAAUAUGUAUUUAUUGUAAAUAUUAAAAUCAAUGAAAUUGAA